AUGGUGAAGAAAUUCUUGGUGAUAUUAAUUGUCCUUUGCUCAGCUUACAGCUUAGAUUGCCUUACUAGCUCAGGAAAUAUAGCCCCUUGGUGGACAAUUAUAAAACUCCCUAAGAGCACUGCAACUUCACCAAUUCCAGGAAAAUCUUAUAUGUACCUUGAAGACAAAGUGCCAACCUGCCCCUUAGCGCAAAAGUCCAGAUCUUAUGGCUACGUCUAACUGGGACGGACUCCGAGUCAAGAAUCAAGUGCAGGCUCAAAAGAUGUGUAUACAGGUAGGUUUUGGCUGCUUUCCUGUGGUUGGAAAUGGAGGUGCCAAGCAGUAUCACUUGAAUCCGAGGACCCAUGGGCAUUUCUCGACCGGGAAAAUGGAGGCUUCUGCCCAAACCACAGGGAAAUAGUCUUUUUCCUAUAGCUGACAAAUGAAGGCACUUCGGCGCCCGAUAGAUCCAAGGAGUUGGUCCUUAGAGCAAAGCUACUCCAACCGCCUGUAGCUGAGCUGCAGAAAUCCUUAGUCCGCAAGGCAAGAAGGAGACAGAAGGUACUGGAAGGGCUCUCGUAAGAGGGAUAGACCCUCUGGGCUGGAGUCGAAAAGCGGUAGAACCUUCCAUAUGGGAGGUUUUAGGUGACUGUGUCACCAAUAUGACUAACGCCUAACUUUAAUAACCUAACCUAACCUUGACGAUAAAGUCACAACACCAACAGUUGGCGCUCUUCCUAUUAACGAUACCAGUGCUUUAUUUACGACUUUAAAGCAAUUGAACGCUGAUACCUCAAUCUCUUAUUUGCUUUAUAAGUAAGCAUUAUUUAGCGAUGAACCUCCAACUGUCGCUCAGCUCCGUGGAAGUACAUAUGCUCAUGCAAAAGGUGUUUUGGCUUAUAAAGGAUCAGAAGGAAUCUACAUUAUUCAUUCCACUCCAAAGUUUCCUGUUUUGGAUUCUUCAAAUAACAUAAUUCUGGAUAUUGCUGAUACCCAGAUUAUUUAUGGGCAAAAUUUCAUGUGUGUCAAGUUGACUUCAAGCCAAGUAUUUGAAAUCGCUGGACUGAUGACACUUAAUCGUCCUCAAGUUUACUAUUCAAGAAUAGUCACUUCUAAUGCAAACAUAACGGCUCUUGCCUCGAAUAAAGCAUCAUCUCUUACAAUUAGCAAAGGAUCGAUGAAGUUUAAGUAAUUUUUAUUUAGCAGCGGAAGCUUCCAGUUUACUUACUUCGCAAAAACAGCUGCCAGCGGACUAGAUCUAUGGGAAAAUGUGCUUUCACCCUACUUUGCGAGUGGAUUUAGAGCAGAAACCUGGGGGAGGCCAUAUCAGCCUUCUUAUUGUACUCCAUCAUAUGAAUAUGAUGAAUUAAAUAUUUUGACAAUUGCAAUUGGCAAAUAUAGUUGGAAAAAUACCAAUGAUCACUCAAAGUGGGGUAUCUCACUUGUUGGAACUCAAGUUUGCUAUGCAGAUAUUAACAGAAUGGAUAGUCAGAAAUCAAGAGGAGGCGGUGCAAUUUGUAUUGAUUAUUAUCCUCUUUUUAGCGCGCACUUGAGUAUAAUCGCUACUCAAGAUAAAUGCUAA